AUGACGUCCGCCGCUACUCCCCCCUACCAGGCUUUUCAGCCCACGAGUAACUCGACCGCGCCCGCCGCGCCCUCGACUCCGAAUAAGAGAGACCUGAAGUCGUGGUGGAAAGGAUUCAAGCUUCCUUCGAAGCAUCAGGAACAUCACGGUAGAGCCCCUUCUACUUUCGCAUCGCAACAACCAACCCCAACUCCCACCCAAACCCUCUUCAGUGAAGAUGUCGACGAGGCAAUCGAUACGUCAGCCGCACCUCUCAGUCUUGUCUUGCUGUUGCAAGAUACCCAUCCUGUUGGGUCCUGCGAUCCCAUUUUACCUCAAGUCUGCGCUUCGAGUGAUGCGACAGCCUCCAAUACCUUGAACCCGACUGGUCGGCUCAACAGGCUGUCCCUGUCUAUCACCAUGCCUGUGCGCCAGUGUGCCAAGCACAUCCGCGCGGCUGUGAAAACGUCUUCUACUUCAUGUGCUAAAGUUUCUACAGCAGACAACCGGCCUCACGGAAUUUUCGGCGUUCCUCUCCGUCAGAGCAUCACCUACGCCAAUGUGGCGAUAUCUCUUGUCGACGAGAACGGAAAGAGCUAUAUUUAUGGCUACGUACCGAUUGUUGUCGCCAAGUGCGGCGUCUUCUUGAAGGAAAAGGCAACAACGGUGGAGGGCAUUUUCCGCCUCAGUGGCUCCGAGAAACGAAUCAAGGAACUGAAACAGAUUUUCGACUCACCCGAUCGCUACGGAAAGGGCCUGGUGUGGGACAAUUACACGGUUCACGAUGCUGCCAACGUGCUCCGACGAUACCUCAACGACCUUCCUGAGCCCGUUGUGCCGCUAGAUCUAUACGAGAAGUUCAGGGAACCGUUGCGAGGCGCCACGAGGCAAGCCGUGGGCGAUGCCGAAGGCCCGCAGUUUGUCGAAAAUUUUGACGAUCAAGCAGCCAUCGUCAAGUACCAGAAGCUCAUCACGGAACUUCCACCACUGAAUCGCCAGCUUCUGCUAUACAUUCUGGAUUUGCUCGCUGUCUUCGCCGCCAAGUCGGAAGAGAACAGGAUGAACUCACAGAAUCUAGCAGCAAUCUUCCAACCCGGCAUGCUGUCGCACCCGCAGCACGCCAUGGCGCCUGAAGAGUAUCGCUUGAACCAAUGCGUGCUCAUUUUCCUCAUCGAAAACCAGGAUCACUUCUUGAUUGGCAUGCAGGGCACGGCUACUGACGAGAAGACAAAGCAGCUGAUCGAAAAAGGCACACCCCCUGCAGCCAGUGGGCCAGUGACUCCUAACCCUAACAGGAAGUCGGGUCUGGGUCGGUCUUCAUCCAAUGCCAGUGCCGGCGCCGACAGUGUACGAAGAGACGGAAUGCUCAGAAGAAACCGAUCGACAUCUUCAAGGCACUCGCACCAUGAAGGUUCUACGACCCCAAACAGCCCGGCACUCGCACCAACCCCGAAUAGCGGCCUUGGCAGAAGCAACACAGUCCCUUCCAAGAAGUCCCCUGCUCUUCAGACGGGAAGGUUCAGACGUGAUGCUUCACCCAUUCCAGGCUCGUCACCGCGUGAGCCCAUGAUCCCGGCGACGACGGAAGAGCUUGUCGAAGCACCUGAUCAGUCCCCUGCUGCGUCGAGCAUUUCCCCCGCGCCGGCUGCAAUAGGUACAUCCAGCCUGGCACCCACCGCUGCUGGCAAUGCAGGCAGAAGCCAGGAGAGGCUGCUUGACCCGAAUGAAGCUACGACGCCCAUCAAGGAAAGAGUCCUUCCUAGCAUAUUCCAAAGAUCCCCCACGGGAGAGGGCGAGAAACGACAACCGAACAAACUGAAGAAGAAGCGCAUUCCUGGGAGCUUGAACCCGAGCGCGCAAAGCUCGGCCGCAUCCUUGUCCGGUACGCACUCAGCCGCUGUGUCCCCUAGUCUUGAGGCCCCCAACCCCAUGGAUCUGGUGGCCGAUACAAUCCCAGAGCACGAUUCCCUCGCGAUUGGCCAGCAGCCUGGUGCAGUUGAUACACCCUCGGAACCCACCCCGCGUGCAUCACAGGUCCCCUCUAGCAACACCCUACAUCCCGAGCAGACGCUCAAGGCUAAGAAAUCGCCGCCGACAUCACUUCACUCAUCAUUUAACGAAGGUUCUGACGUUGAUCAGACUGAAGAAUCCAUUGUGACGACUUCGGCAGACGCCAGCGAGCCGGAUAAGGAAAAGAAGAGAAGAUGGCGACUUUCACGACAGAGGGGCCACGAGCACCACCCUUCAAUCACCUCUCCGCGUCUGGCAUUCGGAUCCAACGACAAUGCCGACGUUAGCGUGACCUCGAUUGGCAGCGGCGGAUACAGGCCCCGGAAGAGCUUCACCGGUGAAAGUUCAGAAACUGGCAUGUACACUGCCGAGGCACAAACCAGUCAUGAAUCGCGGGACAAGGACGGCAAGGACGAAUCUAAGGGGCCCAUCGGUUGGAUUAGGAACAAAUACCGUGAAGCCAAGGAGAGCGCUGAGCGACGGAACAAAUCGCCCCCAGCAGACCGACAAUCUUCUUUGGGAGGCUCCAGCAUCAUGUCAGGAAGGGGAAAGAGUCUAGAUAUUCGCAGGGAACCCGACGAGAGGGCACAGAACCCACCUGUGCCACCAUUGCCGCAGCAAGCGGCCCCAACUCAGACGGCGGCGGCUCAGCCGGUAGCGACGCAAACCACAACCUCUCAACCUCCGCCACCCCAGCCGACAUCAGCACCAUCGCAGCAGGCAUCAUCUCCAACGGUAACGAGUCCAGUAUCGCCGCCUCCCGCAUCUAUCGUAGCAAACCCACCAGCACCGGCCCAACCGGCAAAGUCUCAGUUGGCAGCAGCCUCUCAGCCGGAGAUCGCACCGCCAACGCAGCCAGCACCUGAAGCGGCGCGGUAA